UGUCGCGCCUGCGCACUUCGUCGACCCGCGGCGCGUGGUGCCUGCCAGGAUCCCCCGCGCGAGUCACGCUCGAGUCCGGAGCGGACCUCCGUGUGCGCGCUGCGCUUGUGGACCAUGUCGUGGCUCUUUGGCAUCAAGGGCCCCAAGGGCGAAGGCACGGGGCCUCCGCUGCCUCUGCCGCCAGCGCAGCCCGGGGCGGAGGGUGGCGGCGACCGCGGUGCCGGAGACCGGCAAUCGCCCAAGGACAAAUGGAGCAACUUCGACCCCACGGGCCUGGAGCGUGCGGCCAAAGCGGCGCGCGAGUUGGAGCACUCGCGUCAUGCCAAGGAGGCACUGAGUCUUGCGCAGAUGCAGGAGCAGACACUGCAGUUGGAACAACAAUCUAAACUCAAGGAAUAUGAAGCCGCCGUAGAGCAACUGAAGAAUGAACAGAUCCGCGUGCAAGCCGAGGAAAGAAGGAAAACUCUGAGUGAAGAGACCCGGCAGCACCAGGCUAGGGCCCAGUACCAGGAUAAGCUGGCUCGACAGCGCUAUGACGACCAGCUGAAACAGCAGCAACUUCUGAAUGAAGAGAAUUUAAGGAAACAGGAGGAGUCUGUGCAGAAGCAGGAGGCGAUGCGUCGAGCCACUGUGGAGCGAGAGAUGGAGCUGCGACAUAAGAAUGAGAUGCUGCGGGUUGAAGCUGAGGCCCGAGCUCGGGCCAAGGCCGACAGAGAGAACGCAGACAUCAUCCGGGAACAGAUUCGCCUCAAGGCUGCUGAACACCGCCAGACCAUCCUGGAGUCCAUCCGGACAGCUGGCACCUUGUUUGGUGAAGGAUUCCGUGCCUUUGUGACAGACUGGGACAAAGUGACAGCCACGGUGGCUGGAUUGACACUACUGGCUGUUGGAGUCUAUUCUGCCAAGAAUGCUACUGCUGUUGCUGGUCGGUAUAUUGAAGCCCGCUUGGGAAAGCCAUCCCUGGUGAGGGAGACCUCCCGCAUCUCAGUGCUGGAGGCACUGAGGCAUCCCAUUCAGGUCAGCAGGCGACUGUUCAGCAGACCCCAGGACGCGCUGGAGGGCGUCAUACUCAGCCCUAGCCUGGAGGCACGGGUACGUGAUAUUGCCAUCGCAACAAGGAAUACCAAGAAGAACAAAAGCCUGUAUAGAAACGUUCUGAUGUAUGGACCACCAGGGACCGGCAAAACCCUGUUUGCCAAGAAACUCGCGCUGCAUUCAGGCAUGGACUACGCCAUCAUGACAGGCGGGGACGUGGCCCCCAUGGGGCGGGAGGGUGUGACCGCCAUGCACAAGGUCUUCGACUGGGCAAGCACUAGCCGACGAGGCCUCCUGCUCUUUGUGGAUGAAGCAGACGCCUUCCUCAGGAAGAGAGCCACUGAGAAGAUAGGUGAAGACCUCAGGGCCGCUCUGAACGCAUUCCUGCACAGGACAGGACAGCACAGUAGUAAGUUCAUGCUGGUCCUGGCCAGUAACCAACCUGAGCAGUUUGACUGGGCCAUCAAUGACCGCAUCGACGAGAUGGUCUGCUUCGCCCUGCCACAGCGGGAGGAGCGAGAGCGCCUGGUGAGAAUGUAUUUUGACAAGUAUGUCCUUAAGCCGGCCACAGAAGGAAAGCAACGUUUGAAGGUGGCCCAGUUUGACUACGGAAAGAAGUGUUCAGAGGUCGCCCAGCUGACGGAGGGGAUGUCAGGCCGGGAGAUUGCUCAGCUUGCUGUGGCAUGGCAGGCCAUGGCGUAUGCCUCUGAGGAUGGGGUCCUCACAGAGGCCAUGAUGGAUGCUCGUGUCCAGGAUGCUGUUCAGCAGCACCAGCAGAAGAUGCAGUGGCUUACAGUAGAGAGGACCCAGUCCUGAGGGGACCCAGCCCUGAAGGCCUGCUCAGCUGCUGAGCUGGACUUGGACGCCACGUGCACCUGACCACACGAUUCCUCCCUCUUUUCCUGUCCUCUUAGAGAGGCCAACACUGUCCCGAAUGCCUUUGCCCAACCGUGGCAUGCAGGUGGUGUCAGCUUCUCUUGCCUCCCACACCUCCUAGUCUGUUUCUCUCAGCAUGAGUGCUGGCAAAGGAAGGCAGACCCAGGAAUCUACAAGCCCAGGUCAGAGAAGAGAGGAAGCCCAGUGCUGUACCACAGGCCAGUGGCUAUGACUGUGCCAGCAGGAUGGGGACCUGCAGGGACCAGGCUGAAGGCAGGAAGGGCCUCUGCUUGCUGGACAUUGCUCCUGCCCUGUACACAUCUGUGCCAGGAACUGGCCCAGUCCUUAUUUGGUGAAGUGGAUCUGGUGCUAGACUGGCCCUGGCCGCUGCCACCUUCCCCCGGACUGGACCUUUUAAAUCCAGACUCUAAUAAAACUGUGACUGAUUUGC